CACCACGUUAUGCAUGCGACGGAGGAAAGUUCGUGCUGCUAUGUGCAUGCUAUGUUGUUAGCAGCAAUGGAGUUUCGUACCAGAGCCUCACUGCGAGGAUAGGGUGUGUCGUGGUCCAAGGCAUGCCCUGAUCUGAUGCCGGUUUAGGUUAUGGCACAAACCUGACCACAGGUAUAAUAGACCGACCACUUCUCUCUCAUUCAUACCUUCCGUUACCACUUCACUGGAUGCUCUUCCUUUGUCCAAACUCUCGAUAAUUCGCAUACGAGCUUGGAGAAAUAGGACAGGUGAACAUGGGUCGAACAACCACAAGAUCUUUCGUCCUUUCUGGGCUAUUGGGACUUGCCUCCGCUGUUGGCUGUCCCUUCGCCAACCCAGGAACCCUUCGAGCCCGAGAUGAUGCCUCGUCUGACGAUUACCUCGCUCAAUUCGAGCUCGAGGAUAGCACUGGUUACAUGACCGAUGAUGUUGGCGGUCAAAUUACGGAACAGAACAGUCUGAAGGCUGGUAGUCGUGGACCCUCACUCCUUGAGGAUUAUAUUUUCCGACAAAAAAUUAUGCACUUCGACCACGAGCGCGUUCCUGAAAGGGCUGUUCACGCGAGAGGCGCUGGUGCACAUGGUACCUUCACUAGCUACGGCGAUUGGAGUAACCUUACGGCUGCAUCUUUCCUUGGCGAGGCCGGCAAAGAGACUCCUGUUUUCGUCCGUUUUUCGACGGUCGCAGGAUCGAGGGGGAGUGCCGAUACUGCACGUGAUGUCCAUGGUUUCGCAACAAGAUUCUAUACCGAUGAGGGCAAUUUUGAUAUCGUCGGAAACAACAUCCCGGUCUUCUUCAUUCAAGAUGCCAUCCAGUUUCCUGACCUUAUCCACUCGGUCAAGCCGUCGCCCGACAGCGAAAUCCCUCAAGCAGCUACAGCACAUGACUCGGCGUGGGAUUUUUUUAGCCAACAGCCAAGCUCUUUGCAUACUCUCCUGUGGGCGAUGGCAGGUUACGGUAUUCCCAGGAGUUUCCGUCACAUGGACGGCUUUGGCGUCCAUACUUUCCGCCUCGUUACUGACGAUGGUACCUCAAAGCUGAUCAAGUGGCACUGGAAGACCAAGCAAGGAAAGGCUUCUUACGUCUGGGAGGAGGCUCAGAUCCUGGCUGGCAAAAAUGCGGACAAGCACAGACAAGAUCUUUGGAAUGCUAUCUUGUCAGGCAACUACCCAGAGUGGGAGCUUGGCGUCCAGGUGGUCGACGAAGAGAACGUCAUGGCUUACGGCUUCGACCUAUUCGAUCCCACUAAGAUUCUCCCUGAGGAAUUCGCCCCUGUACAGAAACUUGGUGUUAUGAAAUUGCACACUAACCCGACCAAUUAUUUCGCCGAGACUGAGCAAAUCAUGUUCCAGCCUGGACAUAUUGUCCGCGGUGUUGAUUUCACUGAGGAUCCUUUGCUGCAAGGCCGGAUCUUCUCGUACCUGGAUACUCAGCUCAACCGACAUGGUGGUCCCAACUUUGAGCAGCUUCCCAUCAACCGUCCUCGUGCGGCUAUCCAUAACAACAACCGUGAUGGUGCAGCGCAGAACUUUAUCCACAAGAAUAAGAUCCAUUACUCUCCAAACACCCUGAAUGGCGGGUACCCUCAGCAAGCCGACCAGAGGAAUGGCCGUGGAUUCUUCAACGCCCCUAGCCGUACCGUGUCUGGCAAUCUGGUGCGCGAGCUCUCGUCAACCUUCGAUGAUCACUGGUCUCAACCACGUCUUUUCUACAACUCUUUGAUGCCUGUCGAGCAGCAAUUCAUUGUCAACGCUAUCCGAUUUGAGACCUCCAAUGUACAGUCCGCUACUGUGAAGCAGAACGUAGUUGACCAGCUGAACCGCAUUGACAAUGAUCUGGCUACGCGCGUUGCCACCGCUUUAGGCCUUGACGCGCCUAUCCCCGAUGAUACCUACUAUCACGACAACACGACUGCAGGUCUAUCAAUCACCAACCACACCUUGCCAACUAUUGCCACACUCCAGGUCGGAAUUCUGACCACGACCAAGUCUCUUAACCAGGCCAUAUCUUUGAAGCAGCGUCUAGAGACCGAUGGUCUUGUCGUUACUGUCGUUGCUGAGACUUUGGCAAGUGGUGUCAACAAGACCUACUCCGCCACCGAUGCCACUGAUUUCGACGCCGUCAUCAUCGAUUCCGCCGCCGAUCAAGCAGGUAUAUUCAGUAGCAGUUCUGUCUCUGCGCUCUACCCCAGAAACCGCCCCACAGAGAUUGCACAGAACGCGUACCUCUUCGGCAAGCCUGUCGGCUAUUUCGGCAGCAACGGUACUGUCAGCUCCUCCAUCUCUUCCGCUGGAUGGGCCGAGAAUGAAGCCGGUGUCUACUUCAACAAUAAUCUGGAGUCUUUUGUCAGCGAUCUCAAGAAGGGAUUGGCAAUCUUCAAGUUCACGGAUCGGUUCGCCUUGGAUUCAUGAGCUAUGGCGGCUCCGACAGAUGAUUGAUUCUUAUAUAUUUUGUAAAGAUGAGUACUUGAGUAAUAAAGUUAAAUGAACAUGACUAUAAUAUUGGGCGAGUAAAUGUCUCCGUAUAUAGACGCUUUCCCCACCAAAACUUG